UUUUAGCAAAAAGUUCCCAACCAACAACUCAUAACAUGAUCAACAUCAUCAACUGCUUCUCUUUUUCUCUUCUUCUUCUUCCUCCAAAAUCAACUCUUUCUUAGUACAUUUUUAGGGUUAGGGUUUACAUUUUUCACCUAAUAUAACGUUCCAGUAAUCAAAUUUGGGGGGGUUUUGAAGUUGAAGCUUGAUUAUGAUUUAAGGUCUGAAAAAUCAUUUGCCGGGUUAAGAAAUAAUUCCGGCUAAAAAUGGCUAACGAUUUACAAAUGUCUCCUCAAUUGGAACAGAUCGAUGGUGAAAUUCAGGAUCAUUUUCGAGCUCUUGCAAAUGGAUUUCAGAAGCUGGGUAAGGUUAAAGAUCCAAAUAGACAAAGUAAGCAGUUGGAGGAUCUUACAGGAAAGAUGAGGGAGUGUAAGAGGCUGAUCAAAGACUUCGAUCGGGAAGUGAAAGAUGAGGAGAGUCGAAAUCCUCCUGAGGUCAAUAAACAACUGAAUGACAGAAAGCAAUCCCUGAUUAAAGAAUUGAACUCGUAUGUGGGUUUGAGAAAAACGUUCAUGAGUACCCUUGGCAAUAAAAGAGUCGAGCUCUUUGAUAUGGGAGCUGGAGGUAGCGACCCUGUAGCUGAGGACAAUGUACUAAUGGCAUCGGAAAUGUCCAAUCAAGAGCUCAUUGACGCUGGAAAGAAGCGAAUGGAUGAAACUGAUCAGGCUAUCGAGCGCUCAAAACAGGUUGUGGAGCAAACAAUUGAAGUUGGAGCUCAAACUGCAGGAACAUUGAAGGGCCAAACUGAACAAAUGGGUCGCAUUGUGAACGAGCUGGACACCAUUCACUUCUCAAUCAAGAAGGCUUCUCAGCUGGUCAAGGAGAUCGGUAGACAGGUUGCUACGGAUAAAUGCAUUAUGAUGUUCUUAUUCCUCGUUGUGUGUGGUGUAAUCGCAAUUAUUAUUGUCAAGGUUGUUAACCCAAACAACAAAAACAUCAGAGACAUUCCAGGAUUAGCACCCCCGGCCCCAGCAUCCAGAAGAUUACUUUCUCGGUCGACAAUGGGACCUCUUUAUUAGUAUUUAUCUCUCCUACUCUUGAACUGCUAAUGAAAAGGAUACAAAUACAACUAUUAAGGUCGCGGAAGAACAUGGUGUGGAAGUUGGUUUGAUGCUAUGCUGGGAUAUCGACGUUUGGGUUUGGGGUGGCAGCUUUUGUGCAAUUGUGUAAUUAUUGUUUUGCUGUGAUGUGCAUAUACAACCCAAUUGGUGAUUCGUUCUUUUUUUCUUCUGCUUGUUGUAAAUCAUUAAUCAUGUUCCCCAUUUUAUUGUUUCCCAUUUUAUUUUAUUUUAUUUGGAAAUUACUGGUCAAGGGUGUUC